ACUUAUAAUCUUAUACAUUUUGUAUUAGGUAAAGUUCAUACUUUAAUUACUAAAUACAUAAGAGAUUAAACCCGAGUAUUAUAUUUUAUAGGUCAUAAUUAUUUGUCUUAAGAACUUGGUGGUAAUGGUCACUGAUCUGAAUAUUUUAUAAGAUUCCCAAAAAAUUUUAAUAUUUGUUAUACUAUUUAAAUUAAAUAUUUGUAAUCAUGCUUAAAUGAUGAGACUUGGUAUAUGUAUAAGAACAUAAGAAAUAUAUCAAAUGAUCAAAAAUCUUUGAAAUUAAAUAGUAUCUUAUUUGAGUACAAUAUUUUUUAUUUUGAAUGACUGUUUUCUAUACUUUAAUCUUUCCAGUAAUAUUUUUUUUGAACAAAUUUAAUCCAUUGAAAUUCAUAGUAAAAAAUUUUGUUUUGUUAGACAGGUAUUCUUUUUUAUAAAAAAAUUUUUAAAUCAAAAGUAAUUUUGAUAAUAAGUGUUCUUUUAUAAAACUUCACAUUUAAUUGUCAUUUUCAAUCAUUUUACUCUUAUUUAACCAAAGAAUUUAUUUUAUUGUUAAGUGAAAUUGUUGUUUUUUUUUAAUUUAUUAUACUUAUUACAAUAAUAUAUACUAGUUUAAAUAUUUUUGCUUAUUUAACAUCGAUCAAUUGUGUGUGUAUGUGUGUGAUAUGGUUUUUAAAAGUAUAAAUAAACAAUUUAUUGUUAUUGUUUUUUUUUUUUAUCAAUUUUUGAACAAACUAGUGUAAUGAUAGGUUACCAUAGUGAUCGACACUUAAACAAAUAUUGUAAUGAACUAUUAUUCUUAUGUAUUACUCAUACUAUCAAUUUUUAUCGUGAUCUGUAUGUUCGAAUGUAAGGAAAUAAAAUGGAUGAAAUUGAAAUACAAGAUCUUGAAUUACGUUCUCUUAUUGGUUUCGACGGAAAUCCAUUGAAAGGUCUUAUUUUGCACCCGGAUGGUAUUCAUUUAAUAUAUCCAUUGGGAACUAAUAUCACAGCAUAUAAUUGGCCAAAUAAAACUCAGAGAUUUUUUGAAGGGCAUACUAAUGUAAUAUCUGCUGUUGCAGUUUCAAAAUCUGGAAAUUAUAUUGGUUCAGGCCAAGUAAAUUACAUGGGUUUUAGAUCACCAAUAAUUAUUUGGAACUUCAAAAAUGGACAAAUAAUCACAAAAUAUGACUCGCACAAAGUUCGAGUAGAAGCUAUUUCAUUUUCGUGUUGCGAACAAUUUUUUAUAUCUUUAGGUGGUAUUGAUGAUAGUUCUGUUAUAGUGUAUGAUAUUGGGAAAAAAGAAGUACUUUGCGGAUCAUCUUCUGUAAAAUCGACUGCUGGUUAUACAACUGUACUUCAAUCGGUUCAUUUACGUGGCGAAUGUUUUCUUGUAGCUGGUGAUAAUAUAAUAACAUUAUGGACAUUAAACAAGGAACAGAGAAAUAUACAAGGAUUAGACACGUCGUUUUUUAAAAUCAAGCGCAAAAUUUUAUGUGUUGAAAUUGAUCACAUAGACGAAUAUGCUUAUUGUGGUACAAGUACAGGAGAUAUAAUGAAAAUUAAACUGAACUUUUCCGCAGAUCCUAAUGUUGCAAAUACUACUAGUUCUCCUGCUUUAAUGGGAUGUUUUGCGAAGUAUCCAAUUACUAAAAAACGUGUAGUAGAGUUGUACAGUAAAGGAAUCACCUCUUUAUACUUGAACACAGACGGCACAAUAAUAAUUGGAUCCGGCGAUGGCACUUUAGAACUUGUAAAACAAAAGCCCAAGAUUACUUCUAAAAAUAACUUAAGGUAUCGUUUAACGAUUCCUACACAUCCAUUGUUGGUUGUAUUACAAUCAACUAAUGUUGACUCAACCGUUACUAGUAUACAACUCAUGAAAAAUGUAAUUUUAGUUGGUACAAUUAAUUGUGAACUGUUUACUAUUAAUAUUGAAGAUUUUGAAGUUACAUGUUUAUUUACGUGUCACACGUCGGUUGUGUAUGACUUGGCCUUUCCGCAUAACUACAGCAAAGUAUUUGCUACCGCAAGCAAAAACGACGUUCGUGUAUGGUCAGUAGAUACGCUCCAAGAACUUUUACGCAUAACGGUCCAGAAUUUUAUAUGCUCUGGAGUAUUGUUUACCCAUGACGGAUCUCAAAUUGUUACAUCGUGGAACGACGGCAAUAUUCGAAUAUUCACUCCAGAAACUGGGCGUUUAUUGUAUACUAUAAAUAACUGUCAUAAUAAAGGCGUUUCUGCAAUCGCCAUAUCUAAAGAUGACAAAAAACUGCUGAGUGGUGGCGGAGAAGGUCAGGUUCGUGUCUGGACAGUUAGUAAUAUGAAUGGGACUUUAUUGGCUGUGCUUAAGGAACAUAAAGGACCGGUCAGUUCGAUUGCCGUUCAUCAACUGGGCCAUGAAGCUGUUACAGCUAGUGCUGAUGGCACAUGUGUUGUAUGGGAUAUAGUGCGAUUUACACGAUUGUCAAUUAUGUUUUCGUCGACUAUUUUCACAUGUGCUAAAUAUCAUCCCAAUGGGGCUCAAUUAUUAACAUGUGGCACCAACAGAUUUAUUGGAUAUUGGGAGGCACUUGAUGGAUCAUUAAUUCGUGAAAUAGAAGGAUCAUCAGCGUCUGCUCUCAAUUCAUUAGAUAUCACUCCUAAUGGUAAAUAUCUAGUUACCGGUAGUUCAGAUCAAAUGAUUAAGGUAUGGUUGUAUGAUGAAGGGAUACCAACAUAUGUUGGAGUUGGCCACGCCGGAGUAGUUACUAAUGUGAAAGUUAGUCCCGAUGGUAAGUUUAUAGUCAGUACAAGUGCUGAUGGAGGUAUUUUCUUAUGGCAUUUUCCACAUCCUAAUGUUCCAUCUUCUCCAAGUCGUAAUAGUAUUAAAAGUACAAGUAUUUCUAGUCAACAUGAAGAUCAAAUUAGUCGUUCCAGACAAUUAUCAUUAAAAAAAAUAAAGCCAAUGAAAAAGGAAAACAUAAAUACGAUAUCAAAAACUCCUAAUAAUAGAACAGUUAGUAGACACAGUGACGUAAAUAAAAACGUACCAUUAAGACAGUUGGAUAGUGCAGCUGUUAAGUGUUUGUGCAAUGGAACUUGCACAUGUUGUAUUGAUGAGAAAAUAAGUAAAAUCUCGACGAAAUAGUAUUUUUUAAAGAUAACUUUUUCCAUUAGUUCAAAAUAUUUUGUCAGUAAUGCUUAAUUUUUUUUUUAUGGCCUCUGGCUAGAUAUUUUUAAAUCGCAUAAAAAUUAAAUGCAUUGUGUGACAAGGUUAGCAAUCUAUAUUUUUUAUAAAUUAUAAAUACAUAAAAAAUAUAUUCAAUUACAUAAGAAUAUGAAUUCUUGUAUAAAAUAACGUCUAUCUUUUAUAAAAAGUACGAUUUAUAUGCAUGUUGAAUAUAUUUUUAAUAAUAAAUGUUUCCUUGAAAAAAUAAGUAAUGUACUCUUUGAGUAUAUUACUUGUAACAUAAAUUUAGUUGUCAUUGGUGGUAGAUGUAUAGUAUAGUAUACAUUAUGCAGUGUAAUUAAAAAACUAUGGCGAAACAAGCAUUUUUGUUUGUAGAAGAGCUAAACUAUUUUAGACAUAUUCAGUAACGAAAAUGAGUGUUUCAACAGAGGCGAAUAGAACUCCACCAGAUAUUGAGGAGCAAUUUUUCUAAAAACUUUAAUUAUGUAAGCUUUGAAUAUAUCAUUUAAUAUGAUGCCAAUCGUCGUACAUAAUUUAUAACACAAGUAAUCAUCAAAGACAGCAAUAUAAUACAAAUUAGGCAACAUUUUUAAAAUCAUAGUAGUGAUUAAAUAAUAAAAUUUUCUACAUGAAAUUUUGAAAUAAUAUCUGUAUAAAAACUACCAAGAGUUUUCAAUUUAACUUGCCCCGAAUGAUAGGGGCUGUAGUUUCUCUAACCAUUAUUAUAGCAUGUUAUUACUACUAUGUAAGUUUAUUUUGAUAUUUUAGGUACAAACAUUUUUUAUAAACUUAAAUAAUUUUAUUGAAUGUUACUUUUAAAUAAUAUAUUAGUUAAAUUUUAUCUUAUCUAUAAAAAAUGAUAUAAAAAUUAUAAACAAUAAUAUUUUUUUCUUUUAUCUUCAGGAUUUUAUAUUUUAACAUUUUAAGUUUAUGAAUACUUCAGAGCUUCUUUUUAAUUAAUUUAGAUAUAAUGAAGAGUAAACAAAUAAUCUAUGACUAAAAUAUAAAACAGUUGAGACAUAAAUAAACUAUAAAGGAUCUUGGGAACUUUUUACAAUUAUGACUGCAAUGUGUUCAUUUACAUUUAAAGAUUUAAAAUCUUAAUAAAAAAUAAAAUUUUAAAACUGAUUAUAAUACACAAUACAUUAAUUUAUUUUUAGCUACAUUGGUAGUAUCAUUGAGUAUUUUAAGUAAUGAUUUAAAUGUGUGCAUUAAAAAAAUACAAUUAUAUAUAAUUUACCAGGUGUAAUAGCAAGUGCAUAAUACUUAUACUUCACUGACAAAAAAUAAUAAAGUGUAACGUAACUAAAUUUAAAUCUUUUUUAAUAAUGGUAAAAUAAUUUCCUACAAUAAAUUAGUCAUAAAACAAAUUCUGAUAAUAAUUAAUUUUAUUGUUAAUCAUAAAUUUAUAUUUAAAACACAAACAAAUAAAAGAUGCUAAGAUAAUGCAAGCCUACUUUUGUACAUAGUAUUAAUUAAAAUUUGUUAUCUUAAUUUAAUGGUUAUUAACUAUAUACACAGUACAUAAAUUUUAAGAUCUAAUUACUCAAUACUUUAAGGAUAUUACAAUUAAGGUUCCUAUACUAUGAACCAUAAUCUAAUGAUUGUUGAAAUAUAAUUUAAUGUUUUUUUUUUAUACAUUUGUGAUAAUCUUAAUUUACAUAAAAUUUGUUAUUUAUAGUCCAAAUAAUAAAAUUACCAAUUUCAAGCACAAUAUUGUAUAAUACUGAAUAAUAACUAUUCAGUAUUAUACAAUAUUAUCAUUUGAAUAAUUCAAAUGAAUUUAGUUCAGAUUAAAUUUACUUAGGCUCCACGUUAUUCAGUUUAUUUCUUUUUAGCUGCUGCUGAAUUACUUGCUGGCCUUCCAGAAUUUAGUCCAGAAUAUUGAUAUUUAGCUUUCUUUUCGGACGGUUUUAAAAUCUUUAAAAAAAUUUUAAUUUUACUAUAAGCUUAAUAAUUAAUAUAAUAAAUGAAAUUUCAAGAAUGUACUUGUAAUAUAUUAAUAAUGAACUUAUUAACAGUGUUUUAAUUAUUAUUGCCUAUUAUCUAAAAUUAAAUGUCUCUUCUUCUUCUUCUUCCUCACCUUAAUCCCAACUACUUGGGGUCGGCCAUCCUUAUCCUAAAAUUCCACUUGACACGAUCUCCCACAUCAGCUGUUCUCAAUUUGCAUUCAAUAGCAUCCCUCCAUAUCUUUUUUGGUCUUCCUCUAUCUCUUCUUCCUUCAACAUUUAUUUCUAUAACUAUUCUUACAGCUUUCGAUUCUUCUCUCCUCAUAACAUGAUCAAACCAUCUAAGUCUAUUUCCUCUCAUCUUAUCCACAAUUGACAUUACACCUAUACUCUCUCUUAUAUGCUCGUCCCUUAUUCUAUCUUUUCUAGUCAUUCCACUCAACCAUCUAAGGAUUCUCAUCUUUGCUGCAAUCAUUCUCUGCUCUACUUUCUUAUUAACCACCCAUCACUGAACCAUACAUCAUAGCUGGCCUCACUACAGUCUUGUAGAAUUUACCUUUCAGCCUCAUUGGAAUUA